CAUCAGAGCGGAAUCAUGGUGUGCCCAAUAGCCUGUACGUCACAGCGAUGCGUUGGCUCAAUGAUGACGCCGAGUGGUGGUGAGCAGCAGCCGAAGAGACCACACGGUGUGGUGCGGCCGAAAAAGGAGGUGGAGGAACAUGCUCGGGAUUUCUUGAACCAGUACUACACGUCACUGAAAAGCAAGGACAGUCCGGCUCACGAGCAUCGCCUAGCAGCCAUCCUGCAAGAGAUUGAGGACUGCGGCACGUACAAUAUCACCGAGAAGGAACUGGCGUUCGGGGCCAAGCAGGCCUGGCGUAAUGCGCCGCGUUGCAUUGGACGCAUCCAGUGGAGCAGGCUUCAGUUGUUUGACUGUCGUCACGUGACUACGGCAAAGGAAAUGCUGGAUGCUAUCAAGCGGCACAUCGAGUACGGCACCAAUGGAGGCAAUAUCAGGUCGGCCAUCACAGUUUUCCCGCAGCGCAUUGACGGCCAGAGCGAUUUCCGUGUGUGGAACGGUCAGUUCUUCAAGUACGCCGGAUUCAAGCAGGAGGAUGGCAGUAUCAUCGGUGACCCAUCCAGUCUAGAGUUUACUGAGAUAUGCAAGGGUCUGGGCUGGACGCCGGAAGGAGAGCCGUUCGUCACGCUGCCCCUGGUGCUGCAAGCGCGUGGCCAGUCACCGGAAUGGUUCGACAUCGCCGAUCUCAAUCUGCAAGUCGACAUCACGCAUCCAACGUUUGAGUGGUUUGCGGACAUGGCGCUGAAAUGGUACACUGUUCCCGCCGUCACUAACAUGAUGCUGGAUUGCGGUGGCAUUGAAUUCCCCGCUACGCCGUUCAGUGGCUGGUACAUGGGUACUGAGGUUGGAAGAGAUUUGUGUGAUGAAAAUCGUUACAACGUGUUACCCGAAGUGGCUCGGCGCAUGAAUCUGGACACACGCACCGCAUCGUCGUUGUGGAAGGAUAAGGCGCUGGUAGAAGUCAACCUGGCUGUUCUCUACAGCUAUCAGAAAGCCAACGUGACCAUCUCCGAUCAUCAUAGCGCCGCUGAGAGCUUCAUGAAACAUCUGGAAAAGGAGUAUGCUACUCGUGGAGGCUGUCCGACUGACUGGGUGUGGGUCAACCCACCGAUGUCUGCCAGUACUACACCAGUAUAUCAUCAGGAAAUGUUGAUGUAUCAAUUGAGACCAUCGUAUGAGUAUCAGGAAGAUCCAUGGAAGAUCGAAGCCAAUCGCAAGCUUGGCGAUCGCAAGGACCGAUUCAAGCGCUUUGCAUGGGUGGUGAAGACGUUCAAUCGCAUGUUCAAGACCAGUAUGAGUCGACGUGUCAAGGCUGUCAUUCUCUAUGCCACGGAGACGGGACGCUCAGCUACGUACGCCAAGAAAGUCGGCGAGUUGUUCAGCAACAGCUUCAACUAUCAGGUAACGUGCAUGGACGAGUACAACCCGCUGGAGUUGGAACACGAGCAGAUGGUUGUCAUAGUGACCAGCACCUUCGGCAAUAGAGAGCCCCCGGAGAACGGUGUGGAAUUCUUCAGGACGCUAACAGGAAUCGCAAACUCCGAAGAAGACAACUCCCAGUGGCUGACAAAUAUCAAGUUCUCUGUGUUUGGACUGGGAUCUCGUGCGUACCCGCAGUUUUGCAAGUUUGGAAAUGACAUGCAUGACGUCCUCCAGGACCUGGGUGGUGAGAGCGUUCAUGAUGCUGGUGAAGGUGAUGAGUUGUGUGGCCAGGAGGAGUCCUUCCAUGAGUGGAUGAAGAAGUGUUACUUGGCUGCCUGUGAAGCUUAUCACAUUGCUGACGGAGACAAGACCAUUGCCGACAAAGCACUGAGUGCACUCCCGCCGUCCUGGGAGGCGCAGAUGUACCGACACCAGGAGGAGAAGGAAGCGACGGGAGAGCCACUGAGCAGGACUGAGUCCCUUGGUAUUCUACACCACAAGAAGACGGCAACGGCCAUUGUCAAGGGAGUCAAGGAGCUCCAGGCCGUCGGUGCUUCUCGUUCAACUAUCCUGGUGGAAUUGAAAACAUGUGACAAUCAGCUGUUGGUUUACAACCCUGGUGAUCAUCUCGGUGUUUGUCCAGAGAACAACGCUGAACUGGUUGAGGCAGCGCUGAGCAAGCUGAAGCUGGACGUGGACCCGGACGCUACUCUUCUCUUUGAAGUUCAGCAGCGCGGCGAAGAUGGCAACUAUAACAAUGAGUGGGUUGCGUCGCAGCGACUACCGGAGCCAUGCUCACUGCGCCAUGCUUUGACGUCGUACCUGGACAUCACGUCACCUCCCACACCGCAGAUGAUCUCGUUCAUGGUGUCGCUGGUUGACCAAGAUGCGCCUACUGCCGAUGCUGAGAAGAAGGAGCUAGAAGAAUUGGCAAAGUUGAUGGACGUGGUUCAGCGAUUCUUGGAAGAAGACGAGGUACGCUUGAUCCGUUACCUGAUCUCAGAUACGAAUUUGGCAGUCAGACUGGGCACGGAAACAUCAAGCUCUUUCUCCACUAACAUUGGUACCCCGCAAGGCGACUCCUUGUCGCCAAUUCUAUUCGUGAUCUACCUGGAAGCUGCCCUGCAGGAUGUGCGACAGCGAAUGGCUGCACCUGUGGCCCGGCAUCUUCCGUACGAUGUGGAGUACGCCGAUGAUGUGGACUUCAUCAGUAUCUCUAGUGAUUGGCUUCGGAUGUUAGAGCCACAGGUUGCCACCAUCUUGGGUACAUGGUCCCUUACCGUCAACCAGACCAAGACAGAAUUCACAGCCAUCCAGCGAGAGGCCGAUCGUGCUGAUGAGCCAUGGCGUAUGGUCAAGAAACUCGGCUCUCUCCUUGGUGAUGCAGAGGAUGUCACCCGCAGAAAGCAGCUUGCGGCGAUAGCGUUUAAGUCCCUCUGCCAGUUAUGGAAGAGAAGAGACCAAGUGAGUCUGGAGGUGCGCGUCCGGCUGUAUAACUGCUUCGUGUUACCUGUCUUGCUUUACAACUGCUCCACAUGGGGCAUCACUCGACAGACAAUUGAAGCGCUGGAAUCGUAUCAUCGGCGGCAACUUCGGCAUAUCUUGGGUAUCAGGUGGCCCAACCGACUGUCAAACGAUUUGGUUUACGAGCGCUGCAGUGCUGCUCCACUUGGCAACAUUCUGGUGAAUGCAAGAUGGCGGUUGUUCGGCCACAUCCUGCGAUCAGAUGAGCACACACCGGCUAGGGAGGCCAUGAGUGGAUUCUUUGGCUGCUCCGUGCCGGGAUACCGUGGGCGGCCGCGGAUCACGCUACCGGUCCUGCUGAAUCAAGACGCGGAGCGAGUCGGCUGCCGUCUGAGGACUCCAAGGGACUUGCAGCUGAUGGCUCAGCGAGCACUGGAUCGCCGUGAAUGGACAUAUCUGUGCAACGCAGUUACAGAUGCGUACAAGGCAGAGUGUGCGCAGGGCUCCGAUGCGUAUGAAGACUGGAAGUAUGACAAGUUUGCGACUCUGCCGGAGUUCCUGGAUGAGUUCCCCUCUCUCAAGAUACCUGUCUCGCUGAUCAUCGCUCAGUUCCCACUGUUGCAGGCGCGAUACUACUCGAUUUCUUCAUGUCCGAAACUCUGCCGCGGCGAAGUCCAUCUCACUGUUGCUGUGGUAACCUACACCACCAAUGCUGAAACGACACAUCACGGUGUGGCAUCGACGUGGAUGAGCAAACUGAAGGAAGGUGACAAGGUCUCCUGCUUUGUCCGGAAGGCACCGUCGUUUCACUUACCGGAAGACUACCGAUCACCCGUUAUCAUGGUGGGUCCAGGCACAGGCAUUGCUCCGUUCCGCUCCUUCUGGCAGCGUCGUCUCUAUCUUAUCCAGCACCAUGGCAACCAGAAGACUGAGGAGGACACCCCCAAGUUGCCUAGGGGAGAGGACGUGCGCGAGACCGGCCUCGGCAAGAUGAAGCUCUUCUUCGGCUGUCGCCACGACCAAGUCGACAACAUCUACCGGACGGAGAUCGGCAAGAAUCUGCUGGAGGGAUCACUGACCAAAGUCUGCUAUGCUUUCUCCAGAGAUCCAAGCCAUCCUAAGCAAUACGUUCAGCAGAGGAUCGAGGCGGAAGGCGAGGCUGAGCAGCUAGUCACCGAUAUCUGUGAGAACAACGGCCACAUCUUCGUGUGCGGUGAUGUGUCCAUGGCCGACCGUGUUGGUCAAUCAUUCCAGAACAUCCUCGUCACCAACGCUGCCAUGUCCACCGAGGAAGCCAGUGAUUAUCUAGCGGAGAUGAAGGCCACUGGUCGCUAUCAUGAGGACAUAUUCGGAGUGACGUUGAAGACGCAGAAAAUCACGGACAAGAAGAGGGUUGCGGCAAGGCGGCUGUGGCUCAUGACUCUCAAGUUCUCCUUCCCACUUACAGCGGGUGAUCCGUCAUACAAAAUUGUUAUCAUCAAUCACAAUACUAAAUCUGCAGACAGAACUGUUUCGUCCUUUGUGGACUUUCGUUCAACUAUCCUUGUGGAAAUGAAGACCGGUGACAAUCAGCUGUUGGUUUACAACCCUGGCGACCAUCUUGGUGUUUGUCCGGAGAACAGCACUGAACUGGUUGAGGCAGCGCUGAGCAAGCUGAAGCUGGACGUGGACCCGGACGCUACGCUUCUCUUUGAAGUUCAGCAGCGCGGCGAAGACGGAAACUAUAACAAUGAGUGGGUUGCGUCGCAGCGACUACCAGAGCCAUGCUCACUGCGCCAUGCUUUGACAUCAUACCUGGACAUCACGUCACCGCCCACACCGCAGAUGAUCUCGUUCAUGGUGUCACUGGUCGACAAAGAUGCGCCUACUGCCGAUGCUGAUAAGACGAAGCUGGAAGCAUUGGCAAAGGUGAGCUCAUUUUCGGCUCCGAUGCGUACGAAGACUGAACGUUUCUACUCGAUUUCUUCAUGUCCGAAACUCUGCCCCGGCGAAGUCCACCUCACUGUUGCUGUGGUGACCUAUACGACCAAGGCGGAAACGACACAUCACGGCGUGUCAUCGACAUGGAUGAGCAAACUGAAGGAAGGUGACAAGGUCUCCUGUUUUGUCCGGAAGGCACCGUCGUUUCACUUACCGGAAGACUAUCAAUCACCCGUUAUCAUGGUGGGUCCAGGAACAGGCAUUGCUCCGUUCCGCUCCUUCUGGCAGCGUCGUCUCUAUCUUAUCCAGUACCAUGGCAACCAGAAGACUGAAGAGGCUCGCCGUCGCCACGCUUCAGAGACGAAAGCGCCGCGGGGCGUGGAUGUGCGCGAGACUGGUCUCGGCAAGAUGAAGCUCUUCUUCGGCUGUCGCCACGACCAGAUCGACAACAUCUACCGGACGGAGAUCGGCGAGAAUCUGCUCGAGGGAUCUCUGACCAAAGUCUGCUAUGCUUUCUCCAGAGAUCCAAGUCAUCCUAAGCAAUACGUUCAGCAGAGGAUCGAGGCGGAAGGAGAAGCAGAGCAGCUAGUCACCGAUAUCUGUGAGAACAACGGCCACAUCUUCGUGUGCGGUGAUGUGUCCAUGGCUGACCGUGUUGGUAGGUCAUUCCAGAACAUCCUGGUCACCAAUGCUGCCAUGUCCACCGAAGAAGCCGGUGCAUAUCUAGCCGAGAUGAAGGCCACUGGUCGCUAUCAUGAGGACAUAUUCGGAGUGACGUUGAAGACGCAGGAGGUCACCGACAGCAAGAGGGUUGCGGCAAGGCGACUGUGGCUCAUGAAUGUCAAGGCACGAGCAAUGGUCAAGGGCAAGACCAAUAUCCGGCCUGUCCCAUCAAUGGCGCUCGCUGGCCGGCGCACCAGCGGUGGAUCGAGCAGCGGCGGCGGCAAGAUGAACAUGAUGCCACGUCGCUCGCUGACCAAGCAGCAGCAACCCCGCCUGGCCCCGCCCAAGCGCAUCUCCAGCGGCAGCGCAGAGGGAACGUCGCCACGGCAAUCGCAGACAAGCCCAAGGCCGAGCGUCGAAGAAGUGCCCGAGGACCAGGAGAACAAUUAGGACGGCAAGAGCAAGGUGAUCAGAUGUUCUGUUUGUUACUAUUGAUUGAAAUCUUCCGUACAAGGUUCUAGCACGUCUUUCGCUUCCAUUCCCGACCUCAUAUUUUAGGACUGCAACAGCAGUUGACCAGAUUUUCUGUCUAUUGAUUGAAAUCUCCAGUACAGGGUUCUAGCAUACUUUUUGCUUCAAUUCCCCGACCUCAUAGUCAAAUCUCACAUGGAAUGCAUGUGCCUAAACAAGAUGUGGUGUUUCAAUGCGUGUACCUUCAUAGUAAAGAAUUUCCAAAUUUCUCUCAUUUCUUUGCAGACUUUCAUUGCCGAGUUUCAGUGGCUCUUGCCUAAGUCUGUCUCUGAUUAGAACGGAACACUCCGAGUAGUAAACAUACAACUCUAUUCUCCGUCUGUUGUUUCUGCACUGUCAUCAAAUAAUUGAUAUUAAAUUGUAUGAAAAUUUUUCAUCUUCAUACAAAGGCACACCGAAUAGAGAUAAAGUAAUCGGUGUUGUUAGUGUGUAUCACAAUGUUACCUGUACUUCCUUGGUCCUCAGUUUCUUUGCCAUGAAUUAUUCCAUGGCUCUCCAUCCACGAGUAUGAUAAUAAAAUGUCUUUGUUUGUAUCAAUUA